GCCGGCUUCCCCACCUCCCUCUCCCAGCUCUAGGCGCCGGAGCCCCCGCACGGCAAAUGUGCAAUACCAACAUGUCUGUGUCCACUGAUGGUGCUGUAAGCACCUCACAGAUCCCAGCUUCGGAGCAGGAGACCCUGGUUAGACCAAAGCCAUUGCUUUUGAAAUUGUUAAAGUCUGUUGGUGCACAAAAAGACACUUACACCAUGAAAGAGGUUAUAUUUUAUCUUGGCCAGUACAUUGUGACUAAACGAUUAUAUGAUGAGAAGCAACAACACGUUGUAUAUUGUUCAAAUGAUCUUCUUGGCGAUUUGUUUGGAGUUCCAGGCUUCUCUGUGAAAGAGCACAGGAAAAUACAUACAAUAAUCUACAGAAACUUGGUAGUAGUCAAUCAGCAGGAACCUUCCGAUUCAGGCAUGUCUAUAAGUGAGGACAGAUAUCACCCUGAAGGUGGGAAUGAUGAAAAGGAGCCUGGUCAAGUGCUGCAGGAAGAGAAGCCUUCAUCUUCAAGUUUGGUUUCGAGACCAUCUACCUCAUCUAGAAGGAGAGCAAUUAGUGAGACAGAAGAAAAUUUGGAUGAAUUACCUGGUGAACGACAAAGAAGACGCCACAAAUCUGAUAACAUUUCCCUCUCCUUUGACGAAAGCCUGGCUCUGUGUGUAAUACGGGAGCUAUGUUGUGAAAGAAGCAGUAGCAGUGAGUCAACGACACCGUCAAAUUUGGAUCUUGAUGACCGCGUAAGUGAACACUCAGGUGAUUGGCUGGAUCACGAUUCAUAUUCAGAUCAGUUUAGUGUGGAAUUUGAAGUUGAAUCUCUCGAUUCAGAAGAUUAUAGCCUUAGUGAAGAAGGGCAGGACCUGUCAGAUGAAGAAGAUGAGGUUUAUCGAGUUCCUGUGUACCAAGCAGGGGAGAGUGACACAGAUUCAUUUGAAGAAGACCCUGAAAUCUCCCUAGCUGACUACUGGAAGUGUACUUCUUGCCAUGAGAUGAAUCCUCCGCUCCCAUCGCAUUGCAACAGAUGUUGGGCUCUUCGUGAGAACUGGCUUCCUGAAGAUAAGGGGAAGGAUAAAGAGGGAAUCUCCAAGAAAGCCCCACUGGAAAACCCGACCCACUCGGAACAAGGCUUUGAUGUUCCUGAUUGUAAAAAGUCCAUAGCAGAUGAUUCUAAAGAGGCAGGCGUUGAGGAAAAUGACGAUAAAAGCACACAAGCUUCUCAGUCACAAGAGAGCGAGGACUUUUCUCAGCCCUCGACUUCUAACAGCGUUAUUUAUGGCAGCCAAGAGGACGUGAAGGAGUUUGAAAGGGAAGAAACGCAGGAAAAAGAAGAGAGUACGGAACCUAAUUUCCCCCUGAAUGCCAUUGAACCGUGUGUGAUUUGCCAGGGCCGACCUAAAAAUGGUUGCAUAGUUCAUGGCAGAACAGGACACCUGAUGUCAUGCUUCACUUGUGCCAAGAAGCUGAAGAAAAGGAACAAGCCCUGCCCAGUAUGUAGACAGCCUAUUCAGAUGAUUGUGCUUAUUUCAACUAAUUGACCUGUCCAUGAGAGUGGAAUUAUAUAUUUCUAACUGUAAAUAUAGCCCUAAAAAUUUAGACAACAUGGGAUCUAUUUUUAUUUACAUAUGUCAAAGUGAGGCAUUGUCUCAGUUAAUGUGGAUUUCCCCUUUUUGGUAUAAUUUACCUUUGGGAGAGAGAAAAGUGAAUAUUUACUUUUUCAAAUGAAAAUUUCACUUUGUUCUAUUUUUUAUUUGGGUUUUAAUGUGAUUUGGAUUGGAUUCAUAACUAGUUUAUUUUUAAUCAUCCCCUUUGGCUUCAAAUAGUUUCCACUUUCUCCUAAUAAAUAAACAUGAAAAGUACCUGAUUUAACAGCACAAAAAUAAGUAGGACAUUGAAAUGUGAAGUUAGUGUCUCUUAUGUAAGGGAAGAUGUUUGUGAAAGAUUUAAUUUUUUAAUUUUGGGUACCCUUAAAUCUGAGCCUUAGUUUUUCUGGUUUCAGAGCUUAAAAUGCCUUUUCUAGAUAACUAAGUUGAUAGCUGUAUUGGGUGCAGUGUGAGUGAAAAAUGUUGAUAGUGUUUUUGAUGUUACUAUGUGAUAAAGGAUAGGUGGUAAUGAUGUCAAGUGAGAAGAUGGCCAUCAGUUAGCACAGACGAAACCUUUCUAACCCUCCUUGGUAAACUGGGGGGAGGAGCUGUUGUGGGUGAAUAGGUAUACUAUGCAUUUUUCACACUAAUUUCAAGAACUUAAUUGAAUCUUAUAUUUCCUGUAAGUUGGAAAGAAUUCUGAGAUAGUUUGAUCAUCUUGGGCUCAGUUACAUGGUUUCUGGUAGUUGCCUGAGUUUCAGACCUUUGCUUAACACCAGUUUUAGAAAUGAGUGAAUUCAGAAAUUUGGUUAAUAGAACUGUUCAUUUUUAAAGUAACUAGAGAAGCUAUAACUUUAAUGCAGAUAUUAUUUGUUACUUUCCUUUUAAAAAUGACAGUGUCAGAAUAUCGGAUUCUAAAAUCUCUGUCAAGCUGUGUGGAUUAAGUUCUCUGUCAUUAACUGUAGUGUACCAAA